GCGUCAAAGUGUUAAGCUAUGGUGUUAAGCGUUCCUUUUAAUCAGCUUUAAUUGAAUGUUUACAAAUGUAAGGACAUUAAUUAAACAAUUUCCUUAAACCGUUAUUAUUACACUAUCAUUAUGGUGGGUAGACCUCAGCCAAAAGGUAGUAAUAAGUCAAAAGAAGCUGCAGAUUCAAUUGCAAGUGCAGAACACAAUUACUUAAAGAAUAAGAAUAUGGAAUUGGCUAAAGCUUUGGCACAAUCGAAAAGUGAUUUUACGCAAGUAUUGGCAGAGCGAGACUAUUUACAAAGGGAAUUGCUGGGUGCAAAUCUUCAUAUAAAAAAACUUGAAAAAUAUAUUGAUAUUAUUGAGGAUUCGACAAAGAAUACAUUCAACAAAAUUGUUGGCUGUUCUAGUGACAUUACAAAAGCUCUUCAGACAAUUCAUCUUGCAAAGAAAAUUACAAAGAAAUUAGAAAGUAAUUUAAAAGAUGUCAGUGAUGCAAGUAUCUUGCAAAUGUCUAUGGACCACAAAGUUGGCAAGGAAAGCUCUCCAUCAAUACAUAAUAACUCACCAAAUUUGCAAACUCAUCACAGCAAAACCCAUGCUGUAAAGCCCAUGGUGAGUGGACAUGUAAUCUUUAGACCCAUCAUCAGUUUAAGACGUGUGAAUGAAGAAGAAAUCGAGCGUUCAAUGAACAUAGGAGCUCAGCAACCUAUACAACAUGCCAGUACAAGUCUGGUCACUGAGGAGGCAGUAACAGAAGAAAUAGAACAGCAGCAAAAUACAUCUUUUCGUUGUCGAAGUACAAGUUGUGCAAGUUCCCAUCUAUCCAGUGGAGAAUUAUCAGAUGAAAAUAUUUCUGAUGCAGGAGAUGAAGAAGUACCAACCCAUACAAAUGAAACAGAAGGAGAAAGGGAAAUUGAUAAUAAUAGGCUAGAAACAUUACAAGAAGAGGAUGAAAGUGAGCCAUUAACUAAUUCAGAACAUCAAAGUGAACGAAAUUCUAAAGAUAUGAUGAUUGGAUUGUUUACUGGGGUAAAACUGUUUACUUACAAUUCUGCUCAGAACGUUUCUCCGUGUAAGAAAAGAUCAAAUUUAUCUUGUAAUGGAGGCAACUCUUCCACUGAAGAUAGUGAAGCAGGUACAGUACCGUUGGUAACAACAAAUCGUGGCACUGGAGAACGUGUUAAUUAUGCUAAUUUUGGUUCAUCGCCUAAUUUAAGUUCUUAUUCUGUUGAAAAUGAAACCACUUUGUUAUCAAGAAUUAAAUGUGAUAGUUCUAGAACUGUCACAGAAAGUCUCUCUGAACCUUCUACUAGUGGGUUGCGGCUUCGUAGGUCUAUACCUCAAAAAAACGACAUGGCUCAGGCCGAAAGUAAAAGAAAUAUUUCUACCAUAAUAAGUGGAACUAAGUCUUUUAAAACAUUUGUUGCAAAUGGUACUACGAUGAAUUCCCCUAAUGUUUUGUUAGAAAAUUUGGACGACAGUGAAAUAUUAAAAAUACAGCAGUUGUCGGUUUUAGGUCUUGAACCAAAAUUUUUAAAAGAUAAUACAUCAACACCUUUUACUCCAGUUGUUAGAAUAAAGAGACGAAUUGAAGAAGUUUCUUCAUCAUCUGAUGUAUCCCUGAAUAAAACCCCAGGAACACCUCCUAGCACAUCAACAGCCUUGAUGGAAACCACGCCUCAAAGAAAGAUAUCCCAUCAAAAUAUAAAAUCCAGUAAGAAUAAAAAACAAGUGAUAAUAGCAAAUCCCAGAGUAAUCUUAAAACGAAUGAAGAUGCCAAAAAGGAAUUCAAGGAGUCCUUUAAAAACCCAAGGAUCUAAAAUUUCAAAGAGAACGUCUAGCCAGUCCAGUAUAGAGUCAAAUGAUAGUGUUCCUAGUGAAAACAGAACACGUUUGACCAAGAGGUCAAUUGACAGCACCCGCAGUGAAAAACGGUCAAGAGGGUCGAGGGAGCAAACACCCAAAAAGAGAAAAUCAAGUGCAAAACGACCAAAGAAAGGCGAAAUUGAACUAUUGAGUCCCCAAAGAUUGACUGAUUCUCCAAUAAGACCACGUAGGAGACUGCCAAUAAAAUCGUUCAAAGAGCCAAGUUUAGUGAGGAAAAUGAGAAGAUCGAAGUAACACAACUCUAUCUGCAAAAAAGAUAAUAUACAUUUGCAAAUAAUCAUCUGCUAUUUUGUAAGGUUUGUGUACAUAUUUGGAAAUGCAAAUCCAAAAAUGCAGUCUGAUAAUUAAUGCCUGUCUUAUAUUUGCUUUCCGUAACAAAAUAAUAUAGGUAAUUUUUUGCAAAUGUAAUGGUUUUAUCAAUUUUUGAUCCUGAUAGGGAAAUCAGGUUCAUCUCGAAGUUUAUAAGAAAUAUUUAUAACUGUAUAGGAGCAGACUCCAAAGCUGAUGUAAGUACAUUAUCAUUAAAUUGUAAUUCAGAAUUA